AUGUCUGAACAAGAACGUGUACAGGACUGUCUGAGGAAAGAGAUAAGGUCACUUCUUAUUUCCACCAAAGAUGGUUUGAGCCCACAGCAGUUGGAAAAGGAAUACCUUUUGAUGGUUGGCAACCAUCUACCACUCCGAAUCCUUGGGUAUCGGUCCACUAUGGAGCUGGUGUUGGACAUGCCUGACGUGGUUAGUGUCUGCCCCUUUGGGGAUGGCACAGUAAUCCUAAAAGCCAUUCCAGAUGAAUCCACCAAAGGAAUAGCAAGCUUAGUUGCAAAGCAGAGGAGGAGGCAUAAGGCUCAAAACUCCAUGCAAACGGGAAGAACCAGUGUUUGCUCUGGUCGAGUGCCUUACCGAGGAAGGGUGCCCCCUAUUCUUCCAGCUGUUGUGAAGAGUGAGUUGAAAGACCUUUUGGCAUUGUCUCCUGUUCUCCUUUCUGACUUUGAAAAGGCAUUUGCCAAGCGAUUUGGACGGUCAUUUCAAUAUAUGCAGUAUGGAUUCCUCUCUAUGUUUGAAGUGCUCAGUGCAGCUUCGGAUGUCAUUUCUGUAGAGCAGACCAGAGCAGGUUCUUUGUUGACACUGAAAAAGAGUCUAUCCGAGGAAAAGCAGAGAGGAUGGCCAGCAGGUAAAAAUUUUACUCAGCCAUUUAGAAUGAAACAACAGGGGUCAUAUUCUACAGGAUUCCCAAUAGCAAAGACACGCUUUUCACAGUCUACUUCAAACAUGGACCCACCAAAGCAAGUACUGAACAUGGAGAAGACUCCCACCUUCAAUGCAGUAGAGACCUCAAGUCUAAACCACACAGAAAAAUUAAACCAGUUGGAGAACACAUUCAAAUCAGUUAUUGCACAAAUUGGACCUGGUGGGACUAUUGAUCCAGACUUAAAACACAAGAUAAAAAUUGUUGUAUCUAAGUUUCCACAAGGUUUGUUUAUUUCUAAACUUCUUGGAGAAUUUGAGGUAAUUUUUAAAGAGCAACUUUCACCAAAAAACUUAGGCUUCUUAAAUGUGACAGAGCUUGUUGGAGCACUUAGUGAUAUUCUCCAUGUUGAGUUCAGUGAAGAAAAGCAAGACUUGCUGGUGUUUGAUGCUGAUCUGAAGCCUGUACCAACUGGUAGAGCUCUUUCAUCACUCAGAAAUUCAUGUUUAGUUCAACCAGACAAGAAAACAGAAGCCAAUGCUUGGGUCUCCAGUCCCUCUAGAAAUUCACUGUCUAUUACAGCAGCUAAGAAGACUUCAUGGGAUUGCCCUUUGAAGAACCACAAAGAGCCAGAGCAGAAGAUUUACAAGAAGACUAAUCUGGUGGUCAAACCUUUACAGCUGCAAGUAGAAACAAACAAAUCACAGCUCAGCUUGGCAGUGGCAAACCGUGAUAUCCCACCAGAUGCUGUACAUGCAAAGAAAUUAUGCAGACUUCCACCAUUAGAUACCAGUACCCUUGUAGGGGUCUUUGUGGAAUAUAUCAUCUCUCCUAGUCAAUUCUACAUCCGAAUCUAUAGCAGAGAUUCAUCAGAAUUACUUGAAGACAUGAUGAUUGAAAUGCGGCGCUGUUAUUCUAACCAGCUGGUUUCUGAUCGAUACAUCAUGCCAGAAUAUUUUAUCCAGCCGGGCCAUCUCUGUUGUGUAAGAAUUUCUGAGGAUAAGUGGUGGUACCGAGUUAUUAUCCACAGAAUCCUUGGGAAAAAGGAAGUUGAAGUGUUCUACCAAGAUUUUGGAAAUAUAGGAACUGUCCAGAAGUCCUCUCUGAGGUUCCUCAAGUGCUGCUACACAAAGCUUCCAGCUCAGGCCAUUCCUUGUUCUUUGGCUUGGGUGAGACCAGUAGAGAAACACUGGACAUCCAAAGCCAUUUUGCACUUCCAGAAGUUGUGUGGUUUGAAGCCAUUAGUGGGAGUGGUGGAUGAAUAUAUAGACGGAAUCCUUAACAUUUUUCUUUGUGAUACAUCCUCAAAUGAAGAUGUCUAUUUCCAUCAUGUCUUGAGGACAGAAGGCCAUGCUAUUGUAUGCCGAGAAAAUGCCCCAUCUAGUGGCUUCAGAGAUCUAAACCCUUUAGCAUUAUACACUAACUCCAGUGGAGUGCCAGGUGAUACAGUCUUUACAGGGCUGAGCUAUCCUUCCCAGCGGGACUACUUUAAUGAAGACAGGGAGAUAAGUCUGCAAUCCAAACAAGAUAUUAAUGAUGAGAAGUCUUUAAGUCACCUUAAAUCUGUGUCAAAGGAAUUAUUAAAGGAUUCCAAGUUCAGUUCAUUCAAAAUACAUAAGCACUAUGAAGAAGAUCCACAGUGGCCCAUCCUUCAGCCAGGGGAUAUAAAGGAAGAAAAUGAGGAUGAAAUCCCCACUGGAAUGCCAUGCCUUGAGUCACUGACCAUACGUGAUAACAUUUGGGAUGAGAACUGGCUGCCUCUACAGGCUAAAAUGGGAAAAAGAGGUGAUGCUGCUUCUCAUCAAUUUAUUUCAAGUCUUGUUGGGAAGAAACAGUAUCCAUCAUGUGGAGAAAUGACCCAGAAGGAUUGGUGUCUUUCUACACCUAAAGAUACAUGGGAUGAUUCAUGGCAGGCUUUAAGCCCUGUGAAUGAAGAAAAAGUAGAAAUUCAGACAUCAGAAGGGCUCAGUGCUCAAGAAAAAAAUACUGGCACAACCAGAAUUCGAAAGCAGCCAGAUUUAGAUUUGGAUUCUUCCACACUGCCCAAACUGGAAGAGUUCUACAUCUCUCUUAUCAAGUCACAACAGUCAGCAGAAAGGAGCCAGUCUGAACCUGUCAGCAUUCAGACCCAGCCUAAGCACAGUCAGCUGCCCUCAGCAGUACCCAGUUCAACUCCUGUAGUGGUUGACACUCUGGAAAACCACUCUGACUCUGUGGAAAGCUCUCCAGAGAGUGUAAAGAAUGAAGAGUUUUCUAGUAGCCAUGCUGUCACGGUGUUCAAGGACAAGAGUCAAGGAGCCAUAGACCAGCUCUCUUUCAUUUUGUUCCCCCAGCACCAGAUUUCUCAGAAGCUCUACAUUCCUCGAAGUACAGCCACUGCUGCCUUGGGAGCUGCUGCGCGGUUAGCCACGUCUAGGAGCCUCCUGCACUGGUACCCCAGUGUGAAAGGAUGGAAGCUUGAGGGACAAGAGGCAGAGAAAGAUGAAGUGAAAUAGCAUUUGAGUAGUGCUCCCUUGGUCUGUGUG